CCUUUCCCCGCCCUAGCUCUGCCCCAUUUCCUCCUGAGCGUUCUGACCACGCCCCCUCUGCCAUUGGUUUCCGGGUCGGUCGCUCUACGCAUGGCUCGUGGGCCGUAAAGUGAGGCCGGGGGGGCGCGAGCGGCAGCACCCGGGAUGCUGGAGGAGCCACAGGGGGCAGGCGAAGAUGGAAGCCCCCCGGGGGCCGGGCAGGCGGCAGACGAGGAUGGGAGCCCCCCGGGGGCCGGGCAGGAGGCAGACGAGGAUGGGAGCCCCCCACCUGGUGCCCCCAACCCCACCCCGGGUAAGAAGAUCGUGCCGGGCAUCAUCUACCUAGGGCACAUCCCGCCCGGCUUCCGGGCCCGGCAUGCCCGAAACCUGCUCAGCGUCUACGGGGAGGUCGGGCGCAUCUUCCUGCAGCCCGAGGAGCGGUUCGUCCAGAAGAGGAAGAAGAAAGCUGGCGCCAGGGCCAAGAACUACACGGAGGGCUGGGUGGAGUUCAGGGACAAGCGUAUGGCGAAGCUCGUGGCCGCCAGUCUGCACAACACGCCCAUGAGCACCCGCCGGCGCAGCCGCUUCCGCUACGACCUGUGGAACAUGAAGUACCUGCACCGGUUCAAGUGGCCGCACCUGAGCGAGCGCCUGGCCUACGAGCGGCAGGUCCGGCAGCAGCGCCUGCGGGUCGAGAUCUCUCAGGCCAAGCGCGAGACUAACUUCUACCUGCAGAGCGUGGAGACCAGCCAGCGCUUCGCCCGCCGGGCCGCCGCCGCCCCCGCCCCCGCCGAGGAGAAGAGCUGGGGCUUCGUCCAGCGCCCCACGGAGGAGGAGAUCCAGCAGCGCAAGGCGGGCGCGGGCGGGCGCCGGCUCCGUGGGCAGCUGGCCAAGGCCCAGGAGAUCCAGCUGAAAUCCCAGACCAGCCGCUCCUUGCUGGCCAAGAUCUUCAACACCGCGGCUGCUGCCUCGGAGGAGGCACCGGGGGGCCCGGUUCUGUAGUGAGAACCCCCGGCGCUGGGGGGCGCUGUGCUGUGGGCAGGGGGCGCUCUCCCCUGGCAGUCAGGGCUGGACGCUGGGGGGUGCCGUGCUGUGGGGAGUGGGCAGGGGGUGCUCUCCCCUGGCAGUCAGGGCUGGACGCUGGGGGGUGCCGUGCUGUGCUGUGGGCAGGGGGCGCUCUCCCCUGGCAGUCAGGGCUGGACACUGGGGGGUGCCGUGCUGUGGGGAGUGGGCAGGGGGCGCUCUCCCCUGGCAGUCAGGGCUGGACACUGGGGGGCGCCGUGCUGUAGGAAAUGGAGUCGGGGGCUUUUGGGUUCUCUCCCUGGCCCUGGGAGGGGAGUGAGGGCUGGUGGUUAGAGCAGGGGAGCCUGGGAGCCAGGACUCCUGUCAGUUCCCAUCCAGCGUGGCAGAGAGUUGGGGUUUCGGGGAGCUGGCCGGGGCUCUGGUUUCCUGGCCUGGGGGUACCAGCGUGGGAGCCGGGGUGGGGGAGGUGGAUCUGAACCGGGCAGCAGGACUCAACCUGGGGUGGGGGGGAGCCCAGAUUUAUUUACACCCUGGGCAGGCUGCAGGUUGGCUGCCCCAUCCGAUCACCCCCAGCCCACUUCACCCGCCCCCCGUCUGCCCCUCGGCUCUGGGCCGACGGGAGUUUGCCCCCCAGCAGCUGCUGAUUCCUUAGCCCCGGUGGCAGGGCUCUGAAGACCAGUCGCUGCCUCGCUUCACCCCAGCGUGUCGGUUCCUCCCUUCCGCCCUGCCAUGGCCGCGCUCGGCCGCCGGGUUCCCGUGGGGGCGCUCGGCCCGUCGGGCCGGGCUUGAUCCCGGCUCCUCGUCUGUCCCGAAGACGAGCCCCUGACUUGCAAACGAAAAGCCCCUUGGUCGCCCGCGGGGCCGGCCUGGUCGCCCGGUUCGCCGGCCCCUGGCCCCGUCCGUUUGAUGCCAGCUGUGACCCGGGGGCUCGCCGGUGCCUCCAGCUGAGUGUGAUUAAAAAACCCAAGUGGCUGAAAACAAA